AUGGCGAGUCCACUCCUGGAGGACGGCGCUUUCGCCCAACUCCGCCAGCCACUAGACCCUAAGGUGCAAGAACAACGAGAACGAGAACUGGAUGAGAAGAUCCACGGUCUAUAUGAAAAGUCACAACAACGGCAAGCCGAGCUUAUUGGCCUCAAUGCCACGAAACCAAUAAGCCUCUCCUCCAUCCGCCUCCUCGGCGCCCAACAUACCCGCCAUGCCUUCCUCAGCAGCAUACUAGACCCUCUACUCUCCGCCAACCGUUCACCAACAGAUACAGAACCCUACACUCUCCGCUCCGCCCUCUCCGAACUGAACACAGCCAUAACUCGACUGAACAAGCUCGAUAUUUUCCAACAUCCCAUCUCAACCUACAUAGACGUCUCGGAACCCACCGAUUCCUCCACGACACCCACUGACCAUGCCAUCUUCAUCACCGCGAAAGAACGAGGUCGGUAUACGAUCAAGACUGGUACGGAAGCGGGAACAGCUGAGGGUUCCGCGUACGUGAACGCACAGCUCAGGAAUAUCUUCGGAGGAGCGGAGAGCUUGACUGCGCAUGCUAGCUUGGGGACGAGGACGAGAAGUGCGUACAGUGCAAAUUUCAGCACGCCUAUCUUCGCAAAUCCAGAUCUGAGAUGGGAGCUUGGUGGGUUAGCGAGUAGUACCCUGAAGCCAUGGGCUUCACACGAGGAGGUGCUAAAGGGUGGCAAUACACGAUUUGCGUGGCAGACUGGUGAGCGAAGUCGACAUGAGUUCCUGUACUCAGGACUAUGGAGACAGGUCACUGGCCUGGCGGAAAGUGCUAGUCCUAGCAUACGGGGUGACGCAGGCGAUUCAUUCAAGUCCGCAUUAUCGCACACAUGGACGACGGAUACAAGGGAUGUGGCUAUGCUCCCCAGCUCAGGCUAUCUACUUAAGACGGUGACGGAAGUCGCAGGACUAGGGCCACUCAGAGGCGAUGUGGCAUUCGGCAAAUUCCAAAUCGACUCCCAGGCAGCGGUACCGAUACCUAUCCCUGGCAUAGAAGGCGACAGCGGUGUAUCCUUCACUGCUGGACUGAGAGGUGGAGUCAUGUACCCUCUCACGCCAGGCGGACGGUCACCACCAACCCAUAGCAGGAUCAAUGACCGUUUCCAGCUAGGGGGACCGACAGAUGUUCGUGGUUUCCGCCUAGCUGGGCUUGGACCUCGCGAUGGCGGCGAUGCACUUGGCGGCGAUGUCUUUGCUGCUGGAGGUGCCUCGUUACUCCUGCCGUUGCCACGAGUCGGUAAAGAUACACCUCUACGACUGCAGGCUUUUAUCAACGGUGGACGACUGCUCGCCUUGAAGGAGUCUGGUGGAAGUGGUACUUCGGGUUCGGGGCAGGAGAAAGCAAGACAAGCGGGUGGCGAUCUCAUGGCUACUGUCGGCGAGCUGACGAAGGAAUUACCUAGUGCUGCAGCGGGUAUUGGACUUGUGUAUGCACAUCCUGCUGCGCGUUUUGAGCUCAACUUCAGCUUACCGCUUGUUGUGCGGAAGGGUGAGGAAGGGAGGAAAGGUCUCAGCUUCGGUGUGGGUAUAGAUUUCUUGUAA